AGUCGAUAAGUUGAACUGUUAGUAAUUGUACAUAAAAAUGAGCAAAAUUGAGUGUCUAUUAUUUGUUACAUUGAUACUUAUUUUUACCUAUGAACUAUGUCAAGCAAAAAUAAAACAUCUGAAUAAGUACAAGAGCCACUUCAAUUUACGAAACUAUCACUCCAGAACAAAAAUUGAAUAUUUUGCACCCAUUUUGGAACGACUACAGGACGAAUGUCCCCGAUUUUCCGAAAAAUUUGACAACGCUGAAGUACGAUAUGAAGAAUGCGUUGGAAGAACUUUAUCUGAUGGGAGUACACUUGUGUGCAACAAACUCGAAACGAUGAUAUUAAAUUGUACACAACAUGUUUACAGCAAGAUUGUAGACGACUGUGUUGGGGAAAGAGCUAAAGGCGUGUUCUCACUAGUGCUUCAAGCGUUUGCUUCAGUCGUUGACUAUUUGUGUAAACUAACGGGAGAAAUCCUACUAGAAUUAGAUAGAUCAUGUUUGUGGAAGGAUCUAGAAGAGGAACACGAAUCGCUAACUCGGUGCAGAAAAAUAAUAAAAGAGAAAACUCUAUGGUAUACAGAGCAUGGAUUUAAUACUACCGGCAUAUGCAGAGACCUGUCCAACUUGAAGGACUGCCUCAAGACGCGUCUAACAAUAAACUGUAAAUGUAACACGACUCAAGAAUUUUUUCUUGGUUUGUAUGACGCCGGCAUCGCUCCCUGUAGAAGCGUCUUAAAUAAUUAAUAUUGUACACAAUUGUGCUAUUUUAAUUAAA